AUGAACAAUCCAGAGUUAUAUGCGGAAAAUAGUGACAUAGCACACGACAUCUCAGAAUCCAUAAUGAACAAAUAUGAGAGCUGGUUAUCAUGGAAAGAAAAUGAGAUGAUCAUGGACAUUGGAAUCGGAAGCGGAGAAGUCACAAAACAAACAAUUCUACCACGGAUCAAAUCAAACUUCAGGCAAUAUGUCGGUGUUGACAUCAACAAGAAUUUUCUGAGUUUGGCCCAGCGUAUCCUGAUGGAGGACACGAGGUUCAGAUUCGUGGAAAUGGAUAUCGCAACUGAUAUUGUACCAAAUGAUUUGAUCGGAAAGUUCGAUCAUAUAUUAUCUUUCUUAACUCUUCACUGGGUGAAAAACCCGAGGAAAUCUUUCGAGAAUAUGUAUAAAAUGUUGAAACCAGAUGGAGAGCUUUUCCUGAUGUAUUUUGCUAAGGUUCCUAUUGAUUAUGCCUUCACAGAACUCGGAAAGGAUCCAAAAUGGGCCAAAUAUGAUCACAGCAAUUAUAUUUCACCUUAUUUCCAUAGCAGCGACCCGCUGAGAGACUGUGAGAAGGACCUGUUAGCAGCGGGAAUCAAAAAUUACAAAAUACAAAUAGAGAACAUGGUAUCUCGCUUCCCAAGUGAAACAAAUUUCAAAAAUUUAUUAUAUUCAGUGAAUCCAAUGCUGAAGGACAUACCCAAGGAAGAAGUUGAAGACUAUAAACGGGAUUUCGUGGACUAUGCAUUGAAAAAAGGAGGUUACUAUGCAGAUUAUGAUGAACAUGGAGAAAAAUUCAUUGGAUCCAAAUAUAGUCUCAUAGUUAUUUAUGCUAAGAAAUGAUAA